AUGGCCAGUGGAAUUUUCAACUCAACCUACUAUGGCAAGGACUACCGGGCUGGUGCAGCUCUGUUGCGUGCCCGUCGACCCUAUCUCUUCAAGAACGCUGCCACUGGUCUGGCUCUGGUCACUUUUACCAUUGGUGUCUACGCAUACACCAUCCGAGCCGUUGGCCAGGAUGAGUUCUCCGACGUAAAAGUCCCCGAUACCCCCGCCUCGUCGCAAUCCAAGAAGCAGUAG